UGUUCAUGUUCAAGCCAAAGCUAUAAAAUACCCAUUCAUACUUCAUCUUCAUCAUCAUUAACCAACAAUGGCAGCAGCUUCCCCCAUUCUUCAAUAUUUCCUCCUCUCAAUCAUCACUCUCAAUCUCAUCCACAUGAUCUCUAUUUCAUCCGCCCAGACAUCAUUCCGUCCCUCUGCCCUUCUAAUCCCAGUGACCAAAGACUCCUCCACUAAUCAAUACAUCACAAAACUCAACCAACGCACCCCUCUAGUCCCACUCAACCUAGUCCUAGACCUCGGCGGAAAAUACCUAUGGCUCGACUGUGAAACCAAUUACAUCUCCUCCACCUAUCGCCACGUUCCCUGUAACUCCGCACAAUGCUCCCUCGCCCGCCCACUCUCCUGUGUCACCUGCACAGGCCCUUCUCCCCGCCCUGGCUGCAACAAGAACACAUGUACAGUCAUACCCGAUAACACUGUCACCGGUUUCAUCACUAGCGGAGAGCUAGCAGAGGAUGUCCUGUCGGUUAAAUCCAGAAAUGGGUCUAACCCAGGUCGGGAUGUUCAGGUUAACCGCUUCAUCUUCACAUGUGGCCAUCCUAAUCUUCUCGAAGGUUUAGCCAAGGGAGCUUCAGGUAUUGCUGGAUUGGGUCGGAAUCGUGUCUCCCUACAAGCUCAAUUCGCAGCCGCCUUCAGUUUCCAUAGGAAAUUCGCUAUAUGUCUUUCGUCCCAGACCGGCGUUGUCUUCUUCGGCGACGCCCCGUUUGUUUCCCCACAAGGAUCAUUGGAGAUAUCGGGUUCUCUUUCUUACACUCCUCUGUUACUGAAUCCUGUCAGCGCUUCAAAUGGGUUUCAACUUAACCCCGAACGUCCGUCUCCCGAAUACUUCAUCGGCGUCAGAUCUAUCAGAAUCGACGGGGAGACCGUUCCCGUUAACUCGUCGCUGCUGAAGAUUGACAGUAAAGGUAACGGCGGGACAAAGAUCAGCACUGUAAACCCAUACACUGUUCUAGAAUCUUCGAUUUUCAAGGCGGUUACGAACGCUUACGUUAGGGCGGCGACGGCGAGGAAGAUAGCGAGAGUGGAGGCGGUGGGUGAGUUUGAAAUAUGUUUCAAAGGGUCGGAGUUAUCUGGGACGAGAAUUGGUCCGGAUGUGCCGAGGGUGACGUUGGUGCUUCAGAGUGAGGAUGUGAGUUGGGACAUUGUGGGUUUCAAUCUGAUUGUGAAGGCUAAUGAGGAGACCUCGUGCUUGGGUUUUUUGAACGGUGGAUUGAACUCAAGGACUUCGAUUGUGAUCGGAGGGCAUCAAAUUGAAGACAAUUUGCUGCAGUUUGAUUUAGCAUCCUCCAGGUUGGGAUUCAGCUCUACUCUACUGCAGAGUAGAACAAAUUGCGCCGCUUUUGCCCAAGGCCUUGCUGAGUAGUAGAACAAUUUCAUUUGAAGAUCAUCAAUGCUUUGUUUUAUUAGAAAAUAAAUAAUAAACAAAUGUAUGUAUUUUGUAAACUUUAGUUUAUAAAAUCAGAUAUUGUAAUAAUAUAUUCAAUAAGUUAUUAGAUCUUUCCACA